CUGGUGUCCUGGUCCCGGUCCCGGUCCCGGUCCGGCUCGCCCGGGGAGCUGCCUCCUUGGCGCGGGUCGAGCCCUGGCCCCGGGGGAGGCAGGGAUCCAGCAGAAGAUCUGCUCCUCUUCAAGCGAAAGCUUUCAACUCAACUUGUGAAAAAGGAACUCAAGAAUUUAGACUGCUUUUCUGCUUUGGAAUUAGAUAAGGGCUACACAGGAGUUCAAUAUUCUGUACUUUGAAGGAUUUUUCUUCCCUUUUGUUGGCAAAAAUGAAAAAAAAGUGGAGAUUGGAGAACUUUCGAUUUAUCUUGCACAGUAUGCUCUGUCUCCUUUUCAUAGAUGGAGGUAAAUUGGAACAAAUAAAACAUUCAGAGACAAACUGUGUGUUUCAAGACAAGAAGUACCGUGUAGGUGAAAGAUGGCAUCCCUACCUAGAACCCUAUGGACUCGUUUACUGUGUUAACUGUCUCUGCUCAGAGAAUGGGAACGUACUGUGCAGCAGAAUAAGAUGUCCAAACCUACACUGUCCUACCCCAGUGCAUGUGUCACAACUGUGCUGCCCACGGUGCCCAGAGGAUUCACUUUUCUCGAUGAGCAGUAAAAUCACUGGGAAGUCCUGCGAGUACAAUGGCACAACCUACCACCAUGGGGAAAUGUUUGUGGCAGAAGGGCUUUUUCAGAACAGACAGCCCAACCAGUGUGCCCAGUGCAGCUGCUCAGAAGGAAAUGUAUACUGUGGCCUGAAGACUUGUCCUAAAUUAACAUGUUCUUUCCCAGUUUCUGUGCCGGAGUCCUGCUGCCCAGUCUGCAGAGCAGAUGGUGAACUAUCUUGGGAACACUCUGAUGGGGAUAUCUUCCGCCAACCAGCCAACAGAGAAGCUAGGCACUCAUACCAUCGCUCCCACUAUGACACACCGCCCAGUUCUGCUCGGCAGGCAGCCAACGUGCCACGAUUUUCUGGUGGCAGGAGUAACCGUGGAGUCCUUCCUGACCCCCAGCAAGCAUCAGGAACUAUAGUACAGAUUGUCAUCAACAACAAGCAUAAGCAUGGACGAGUCUGUGUUUCAAAUGGGAAAACAUACUCACACGGUGAAUCUUGGCAUCCUCAUCUCCGGGCGUUUGGAAUCGUUGAGUGUGUGUUGUGUACCUGCAACAUCACCAAACAAGAAUGUAAGAAAAUUCACUGUCCAGAACAAUACCCCUGCAAAUACCCUCAGAAAAUAGAAGGAAAAUGCUGUAAAGUCUGUCCAGAAGAAAUGCCAAGUCAGAGCUUUGACAGCAAAGAUGAUUUUUGCGGCGAAGAGACACUUCCUGUCUAUGAAUCUGUCUUUAUGGAGGAAGGAGAAACCAUCAGAAAAAUUGCAGCAGAGACUGAAAAUCCACCUCAAGUAGAAAUACAUGUUUGGACAAUUCGGAAAGGGAUUCUGCGUCACUUUUACAUUGAGAAAAUAUCCAAGAGAGAAUUUGAAGAUCUUCCUUACUUCAAGCAAAUAACCAGGACAACUCCAAGCCAGUGGAAAAUAUUUAGCGAGGGAGAAGCUCAGAUCAGCCAAAUGUGUGAAAUCAGAGUGUGCAGGACUGAGCUGGAGGAUUUGGUAAAGGUUUUGUACCUUGAAAAGUCUGAAAAGGGUCACUGUUAAGGAAGACAAGCACUGGAGAGGGAAACACAAGAAAACUUAUGAAAACUUGGAUCUGCAGCUGGACUGCAGGCUUAUUUUGCUUAAGUCAACAGUUGCCCUAAAAACCAAAACUAUAAUGCAGUAAUUAUUCACAUCAUGCACAGCAAAUUUGCUGCUUUAUGUGUAGUGGUCUGUGUCAACCAUUUAAAUAUCUCCUCAAAAAAGACUAGAAGGCUCUGUAUUAUUGGCAGGGGAAGGGGAAAGGGAGACUUUAGUUUCUUAGAGUUGCAUUUCUUUACAAGUUAAAAAAGAAAACAGAACUUUUUUUAUUUGGCAAGUUGUUCAAGCUAAUGAAAUGAAGGACAUAUAAUAAAUGUGGAGGAGUUAUGGAGAGCAUUAUUUCCUGUGCUGAGUUUAUACUACUUCUGGUGUUGAAAUGACUCAUAUUUUUUCUAGCAGGGGGGAAAUAGAAGUGAUACAAUACUUGUUUUUGAGACAUAAAAACAGAUUUAAACUAACGAGCUUCUAACCAGUCUACUGCCAUUUGGAUGAUGUCUCGCAGUUGAAGGAACUGAGUACCUAAGUGGAACAGCAGGUGUUAGUGGGAAUUACUGUAUUUUUGUAAAAAUUUAAGAAAAUGUUCACUUCUAAGUGGUUUUCACUUGGUUUCCGCCACCCACUUCUCCAAGUGAAAAGUGAAAUAUCAGCUCUCUGUUGCAGCCCCAAUGUUGCAUUCUCACAGGCCCUGUUAACACACAGCCUCAGAUGAUAAACUGCUUUUACAAACUAACAUGGCAGGAGAACACAAAGCACUUGGAUCAUUAUUGAAAAUCCCUAGAAGGUUAAAGUCACAGUGAUUAAUGACUUAUUAGAUGUCUUGGAUAUCACAUAAUUUAUUACCAAUAAUUGCCACAAUAACAGUGUUCUGCAUUGUUCUGACUGUGGCUGCUCCAAUCUCAGCAAACGUAACGUCAAGGGCAAAUCUCUCCAAUGGCAAAAUAAUGAGCACUUAUAUCAAGCCAUUAUGUUAUGGCACCUCCGUCAUGACCGUUAUUUUCAUACAAAAAGAAAUCCAAGAUAUUCAGUUGAUCUGUAGUUCACGGGUGAAAGUUAAUUAUAGUAUCUGCAUAAUGUCCUUGAUAAAGGUCAUUUCUGGUUUCGAAGAAAAGUUCUGUAUUAAAAUAUAAAGCCAUGGCUUUGAAAACGUGGCCUCUAAGGAGCCAUAUGAAAUCCCAUUACACCAAUUUGUGGUUCCCAUCUUGAAUUCACUUCCAAGGACCAAUUGACUGUGGCUGCAUUAUCUUCCACUUUUUAUUCCAGAAUUAGACAGGAACAUUGCUGUUCAGACACAUAUUAAAAACAAAGCCUUAAGGAAGUGGCUUCAGAUCAAGCUUCUGGCUCUCCUGGGAUUAAAGUUCAUAGUAGCAGCCACAAUUUUUGGUGCUCAUUGUACCUUAAAAAAAAAUCCUGCCAUGCCAUCUGCUCCACCAUGAUUUUCCAGUGAUGGCAUGCUAGGUCUCCCUUUGAUUAUGUGCAUGUUAAUAAAAUGUAUUAAGGUGCAUGAUAUUCAGUGCUGAAAGCCACUGACCCAGUUCUGGCUCCAGAAAUACUAUUACAGUUUUUGAAGGAGCUCUGGUCCUAGUCGUGAACUCCUUGCACCUCCCUGUGGCAGCUGCUACAGUCCUAAGAGGCAGUCAGCUUUUAUGCUCUUCCAGUCGUACCAGUGCUUCUUGCAGUAGCCAGGAGUGCAGGGAAGGCAUUAGCAAUAAGGAGCAAAUAGGCAAGUGAGGGGCGCAGAUGGCAAAGUGAACAGGAGAAACAGGGGGACUAAGUGAAGACAUAAGGAUUUGGGGAAGGAUAUAUACCCAUUGUUUUAUAUACAUGUUCUUCAUAGCAUUCCUGGCCCUGUGCCAGGGGAGAGAGCAGAUUUUUAAGAGCACUCUCAUCCCUAUCACAAAACAACGUGCCAGAAGAGGGCACCUCUGACAUCCAGCUUUGAUUUGCAAGAACAAAACACUCUCUUUGAUGUCAGUAAAAUCUUAUGGGAUCAGGAUAAGGCACUGACACUACUAAGCACGUGCAAAGCCCUGACUAUAUCUGGCCAAAAAAGAUCCUAUGGCAUUUCUCAUAAAAGAGAUCAUUCCUUGUGCUGGCCAAAUUGGGUAAUAAUAUUUUCCUUCCUUAAAUUCUCUUCUGUGUUUAAAAUGGGUGGGGUGAUUGCCCCUAGUCCUAAAUUGUUUGUGUAAUGUUGCUGUGUCAUAUUAAACAGCUGUACGUACCACUUCAGAGACAGUCGCAAUGUAGUUGUGGGAAAAGCAGUUUGUAAAGCACUUUAGGGUCUGUUGGGUUGAAAUGUGCUGUAAAAAUGUAAAAGUUUACUAUAAAUGCUCCAAUAGCGCAUGUAUUAACAUGAACAUUCCUUGGAUGAAGAUAUAGCAAAAGACAUCCUAAAGAGCCACAGACAAGCUGGGCUAUGUUCGGCUCACCACUUGGUACAGUGCGUUUGUAGCAGUAGCUAAUGAACAAAGACUGUUAUGUGGAAAGUGUACACCGUUUGUAUUAUUUGUGCAGAAGGAGACAAACUGCCUUUUGUAUUUGUGACAGAACAGGUGGGGUUCAGAUUGUGUAUUUAUUUGUAUGAUAAACACUUUUUAAGAAAAAAAAACAAGUACCAUUUAGUAAAUGAAGUUUUUACAUUUUUACAGUUUCCUCUCACAUAAGACAAUAAAGUCCACAGUGUCAUGGUUUUCAUUCUCUUCACAGGACAUAAGCCCAAUAUGGUACUUAUUUCUGUACUUGCUCUAUCAUUUUGAUCUGAUUUUAUAAAUUAAUAAACUCUAAAGUUGUUAAUA